GGCUCGGUGCGCGGCAAGAAUAAACGCUCUCAGAGUAUAAAUAUUGCUGCAAGGUGUGACACUUCUAAGAAACCAGAACUCUCUCCUGGAAAGCACACUACAGAGAGGCGACCAUUCGACAUCACCCAGAGAGUCAGACAGCGGCAGGAUGAGGGGGCAGAUGCAAAAAGUUCCUCAGAUUGUUGAGCUGCUGAGGAAGAAGAAGACUGUAGGGCUGCAGCACUUCAAGCCCACAUCGUCCGUGUGCGUCCUGGGAGGGAAGGAUGCUGAGGAGAGUGCGCAGUGCCCACACGCCACCCUGGGGACGCACAACUUGGAUGCCAUACCGGGACCCACCAACUGGCCCUUAGUUGGCAGUCUGGUGGAACUCCUGCGAAAAGGAGGACUGAGCAGACAACAUGAAGCCCUGGUUGACUAUCACAAGAAAUUCGGGAAGAUCUUCCGGAUGAAGCUGGGAUCGUUUGAGUCUGUGCACAUUGGCUCUCCUUGUUUGUUGGAGGCGCUCUACAGGAAGGAGGGUAAUUGCCCCCAGCGGCUGGAGAUUAAACCCUGGAAGGCGUACAGGGACCUGAGAAGCGAGGCGUACGGACUCCUCAUUCUGGAGGGGAAGGACUGGCAGAGAGUGAGGAGCGCAUUUCAGCAGAAACUCAUGAAGCCGACGGAGGUGGUGAAGCUUGAUGGCAAAAUAAAUCAGGUGCUGGUGGACUUUAUUGAGAGGAUUGGGAAAAUACGCAAGGACGGGAAGAUUGAAGACUUGUACUUCGAGCUGAAUAAAUGGUCGUUUGAGACAAUCUGUCUCAUCCUGUACGACAAGAGAUUUGGUCUCCUGCAGGAUAAAGUCAACGAGGAAGCCAUGAACUUCAUCACAGCUGUGAAAACCAUGAUGAGCAAGUUUGGGUUGAUGAUGAUCACACCUGUGGAGCUCCACAGGAGGUUCAACACCAAAACGUGGCAGGACCACACCGCAGCAUGGGACCGCAUUUUCAGCAUAGCCAAAGUCUACAUUGACAAGAAGCUGCAGAGGAAUGCCGACAGGGAUCCGGAUGAUUUGAUCGGCGACAUCCUCCACCAAAGCUGCCUCUCCAAAAAGGAGUUGUAUGCAGCCAUCACCGAACUGCAGAUUGGUGGAGUUGAGACAACCGCCAACAGCAUGCUGUGGGUCAUUUUCAAUCUAUCGCGUAACCCUGAUGCUCAGAAGAGGCUGCUGCAGGAGAUCAGAGAGGUGGUGCCUCCAGACCAGGACCCCUGUGGAGAGCACAUCAAGAGCAUGCCCUUCCUGAAGGCCUGCCUGAAGGAGUCUAUGAGGUUGUCACCAUCUGUUCCGUUCACUAGCAGGACCCUGGACAAAGAGACUGUGCUGGGAGAAUAUGCCAUUCCCAAAGGAACUGUGUUGAUGAUUAACAGUCAUGCACUGGGCUUCAAUGAAGAACAUUUUGAAGAUGAAAAGAAGUUCAAACCUGAGCGCUGGCUGAGGGAGAGCAGCACCAUCAACCCCUUUGCUCAUGUUCCUUUCGGUAUCGGGAAGAGGAUGUGCAUUGGUCGACGCCUGGCAGAACUGCAGCUACAGCUGGCCAUGUGCUGGUUGGUCAGAGAUUACGAGAUUGUGGCAACAGAUAAUGAGCCCCUUGAGGUGAUUCAUUCUGGGCUUUUGGUUCCUAACAGAGAACUGCCAGUGGCCUUCAUCAAAAGAUGAGGCCUUAUGUUCAUCUUCUCUGGACAUGACUACCGAAAAGACUCUACUCCUGUAUUGACUCCCUGAAUUGCUGCUGUGUACAGAAAGUAUAUCUAUAAUCUUUUGCCAUAAAUACCUCAAACUUAUUUAACUAAUGUGUAAACCUGCUAAACACUGACACGAAGAACAGUUGAAGUAUAUUUUGUACUAGGGCAGCUGUUCUGAUGUCUGACAUGUAGAUGCUGAUUACUUUAUACUAUUCCUUAACUUUUAUAUAUAUUUAAGUGUAUAUGUGCAUUGUUGUGUAUAUCCAGUUGAAUUAUACUUGUCUCAUGAUUGCAUUUGUCUAAAUAAAGCCAUUUUUUUUAAAUGCA